UGUUAAAGUAUAGAAUUUGUAAAAAAGAUUUUGAUGCUAUCAUUAAUCACGAUUCUGUUAAUGGAGGCACUUACGGUACUAACUUCAUGGCACUCCAAACUGAUAAAUCAAACGUUUCCAUUUCAUUACAAGGUUGUACCCAAGAUUGUUUUAUGGCAGUCGAAAUAGAUUUUGACCAAAAGAAAUUAUACAAUAGUAUAGGUGACAACAAUUAUGCCUGCUUUUCUUCUAAUUAUUCUGCUAAUAUUAACGUGGACAUGCAUGUUGAAUACACCGGAAUCAGUCCCAACAGCAAGCAUCCCGCCCCUCCCUCAUUAACUUACGAAUAUUGCUUGAAAGGAAUAAAUAUAGAAACCGGUGCCCCAAUGAAUCCUAAAUCGGAUCCUGGCAUUGCAUCAUGCAUCAGUCAUCUGUUGGAACAAACUGCACCGGCCUUUUAUCCUGGCCCUUUCGGAAACUAUUUGAACAUCGAAGCAAAACGAUAUCUCGACUAUCCGAUUAAUAAUUCAAAUCCUAGUAUAGCAAGACUGGUUUUCGCGUCUAAGAAUUAUUUAACGUAUUUAUCCAUUUUCUACGAUGGGAUUAAAUAUUCCUUCGAUCAAUUAAAUCAUAUAUUACCUAAUAUCGUAGAUGAUUUAACUCCUCAUGCCAAAACUGGUCCCAAUAUGGCACUCAUUAAUAUUUUAUUGAUCUUUUCAACUAUUAUUGGUGCCAUUAACUUUGCACCAUUUAUUUUACCUCUCGGCACUAUAGCUGGAGCAGAUUUUGGGAAUUCGGAGGGUCCUGUUAGGAAUUUAGGUGACCUUCAGAAUCAAGCAGAAACUAACAUGUUAAAUUCUUUACAAUCCGUGGCAGAUGAUAUUUUUAAUAAUGGAGUCAACUAUACAUUAAUUGACAAAUACAUUGACUUUAACGACUCUCAAUAUAGUGAUGUAAAUGUCGGUAACGCGCUUUUACCAGGCCUAAAAGCAGCGUUUGCAAGUCAUAUUCUUACCUUCUAUGGUGUUGUGGUAUGUAAACCUGAUAACAUUCAAUCAAUUUGUGAACACGGAAACAACAGCUUAUGCUGUGAUUGGGAGGCAGUCACCCGAACUGGGCAACUUGUAUGUCUUGAACGAUUUAAAUGUAAUAAUCCGGUUGGUCCCCCUGACAAUUGCAUAAUUCAAGGGGGAUAUGUAAACGGUGGAGGUGGUGUUAAAAACGAUCUCAUAAAUAGAAUUGCAAUGUACGGAAGUCUCUUUGAUGCAUGUCAGGCAAUGUUUAAUUUGCCACUGAAUGGUUGGAAUAUAACCCUUGAUGACUGCACCAAUUAUCGUAAAU